GCGACGCAUGAAUCUCUGCUUUUCUCGCGUUUGGCUUCUAAAUGGUUCAUUGAUCGUCUGUUUUUCAUCUACCAGUCUUCGCUCCGUUCAUUCUAUUUCUUUCCCACAAUGACCACGCAUUGAGAUUGUACCUGUCUGGUUUUCUCAGGAACCAAACAGACAAACUUUCUUUAUCUUCUAUUUUAUUAGGGUUUUUGUUUUGCUAAAGAUGACUUAUUACGAGGAUGACGAAGUGGUGCCACAGCUGAGGAUGAGAGCGGAAGCUCGUAGUGAUGAUGAGGAUGAUAGCAAAGGGGAGUUUGAGAAAUUGAGAGAUUGUGAGGUGGAGGAAUGUGGGCCUAUUGCGACAACAGAAGGGUCUAGUUUCUGUCUCUGGAGAUGGAGAGGGUCUGUGGUAUGGUAUUGGAUCAAGUUGGCUUUGUUGUUUACUUGUUUAGGCUUAUUGGCUGCUGUUUUCCUCAAAUGGGUUGGUCCAUUUUUCAUGGACAAGGAGCUCAUACCCAUCAUUAAUUGGGAGACAACAACAUUUAGCACUCCAGUUCUGGCAGUUCUGCUCUUUGCUUCUGUGGCAUUGUUCCCCGCCCUACUUUUACCAUCUACACCUUCUAUGUGGGUAGCUGGGAUGACAUUUGGUUAUGGCUUUGGAUUUCUAUUAAUCAUAUCUGCAGCAGCUGUGGGUGUAUCACUUCCAUAUUUCAUUGGCUCUCUGUUCCUUCAUAAAAUUCAAGGCUGGUUGGAAAAAUAUCCAAAGAAAGCUGCCGUUUUGAGAGCAGCUGGUGAAGGAAACUGGUUUCAUCAGUUUCGAGCAGUAACAUUAAUCAGGAUAUCUCCAUUUCCAUAUAUUUUAUAUAACUAUUGUGCUGUUGCCACAAAUGUUAGGUAUGGUCCUUACAUCUUAGGAUCAUUGGUAGGAAUGGUGCCAGAGAUCUUUGUUGCAAUUUACACAUGUCUUGAUCAUAGCAGAUACCAGCAUUGCAUAGCAUUGAGCUCAAAAGAUGACUAGAGCGCUAGCAGGGUGUUAAACUUUGGGAGUAGUCAGCUUGGGGCUAAACCUGGUGAAUUUUAGAUGAGCUUGGUACUUGUUGAUGUAGGAUACAACUAUGCUUGAGAGUGCUCAAUGGAUAGUAUAAGGAGGUAUGUGCUGACGUUUGAGUUUAUGCUUUGGAGCUUUGCAUGCCAUUCUAAUCUUCCUCAGCUGAUGAGUGCUCUUCAUUAAUCGACUUCUUAUAGGUGUGAGGUUCUUGCCCUGUAGUCAUCAUGUCAUAGGUUUUCAUCUGGUGACCACAAACCAAUUUGUGGGGUCUGUGGCUGACUUUAAGCUUGUUCUAGGCUUUAACAUGUAGAAUCAUCCAUACAAGGAACAAUUGCCUCAUUCUAGCAGAUUCAACUAGAUCACGGCUCUCAGUAUGUUUCUUGCCACUCUCUUUAACUUUUUCUUCACUGAGAUUAUUUGCUUCAAUUCCAUUUGCGUGUAAUGCCCCUUUAGCCCAGAUAACUUAGGCUUGGUAAUCACAGGCACUUCCAAUGGUAACAAUGUUUUUAACAAUAUUUUUGAGAGCAAGGUUUGGGUGACACAUGGAACAUUUCAAUUGUCAGAUUCUCUCUCAUCUUCUUCUGAAUGCAUAAAGUUAUUCAAAAGCAGCUAGGCCAUGUUUGCUUGCCUCUUUCUUUUCUUCUUGUGUCAAUCACUGGUUGGCAGUCCAUUUUUCUCCUGACAUUGGUUGUUAAAUAUGGUUCUUAAACAAAACGUAUGCAUAUGAUACUUGUUCCUGAACUCAUACUUUUGAUUUAUUGCAGUGGAAUCCUUAUAGAGACCUUGGCAGAUGCUUCAAAUGACGGGCAUUCCCUUUCAGCUCCACAAAUUGUUUUCAAUGUCAUUGGUUUCUGUGCAACAGUAGCCACUACUAUUAUCUUUACAGUAUUUGCAAAGAGGCAGCUCAAAGUAUUGCAAGACGAACCACUUCUGGCAUAGGUUCUGAAAUAUAGUUAAGAGUCAAGGGAAAGCUAUCUGCUACCCUGGACUUUUCAGGAUUGCGUAUUUAAGCAUGAUUAGGGCGGAUGAGGUUUUAUUUUAUUGAACAACUUCAUCCAUCGAAGGAGUUAUUGCAUGACAAUUUCAGUGGUGCUAUACAGACGUCGUGGAAGAGGACAAACGUCUAACAUCGUAUAGACUGUAGAGCCAUCUUGCUUAUUCUUUUUUCUAUUUUGGGUUCACAUUUAUCAACUUUCACUUCUUUAGGUCUCCAUUUCUUUCAAUUGUUAUCUGUAUAUGAUUGAAGUAUCUGCCUUGAAAAGGUUAAAUUGGACUUGGGUGAAGUUGUCGCUUGUAAAUGAACUAUAUAUAGUGUUGUUGUUGACUUGUGUAGUGAAACAUGUCUUGUUAUUCUCACGUA